AUGGUCCGGCGGUCAACAUCAUAUCUGUGUGAACAUAAUAAUCAAAAUAGUCGUGAGCUCUGGAUGACGCAGGUCAUCCUGCUCAAUCAAUUGGCCUCGCGGUAUUCUGGGGUACCCGGGGGGGGGGGGGGGGGCGGCCUCGAAAUCGAGGAAUUGUUGCAAGCACUUCCUGUAACUUUAGCUCGUCGGAAACGUUUAUUCACGAGCUACCUGCCUCAGGAAAGGGUAUCUCAUCUUGACCUACCACUCUAUCAGAGAUGGCAGAUCCGGGCUCUUGACGAGGAGAGGCGACGAACCGGCUUUGCCAUCUGGACUCUGUUCCGCCUGGUGUCCGAUGCAGGCUGGACGGCAAUAUUGAGUAAGACAGGAGUACCCGGGAAAAGCGCUAUCUUGCAGCAACUUCUCAGUACUAUUGAAGAGAACCGCCGCCAGUCAUUGUAUUGUUCCCCUAAUGUCUCAGUUAUUGAUUGCACGGCAGCUGCGAAUGCGCCGCGACAAAUACUUGCUAUAACCUAUCACCAAAAGCAAGAUCUUCCAAUGAACGAGCUGAAGGCACUGGGCACUCAUCGAAUCAUAAUUUUCUCUGUGUUAAUAAUGAACAAUUCACCAAACAUGCCUUUGCUGUCGACCGGUUUGAAAUUUAAAUACAAACGAUACAGCGAUUGCGACUUGGGCCGACUACAACUGGAAUGGAGCUCCUCCCCUCGCAGGACAAGGCAAGCUGUUGUGUAUGCGGCCGACUUGUUUGACACUGUUCGAUCUACCUACUGCACGCAUUACUCCACAUCAGUACUUUUCUUCCAAUCGGCAUUGGUUUUGUGGCUAUACUCUGUUCUUUUGGGCCAGUCCCAAGACACCCCGCCUGACACGCCCUCUGUCAUCAUAGGGGCAUCAGAUUUUAAUAACUCGAAAGAGGGCCAGUGGGUUGAGACCGGCCGAGGGCGCAUCAAGAUGUCAGGCGUGGGGAACUUAUCGUCUCCAUCAGGUCUAGGAAAACUCUCGGACGAAUCGAUUUCCACAAUGAGGAACAUCAAGUGGUGGGGGAUUAGCAAGAUUUAUGAACAACUCUUGGUUUGA